AUGUUGAUAAAUCUUAAGCACUGACUGUAAAAGAAAUUAUUGUAAUGAUGAUGACUAAUUUGGAGGGGGUUAAAAAGAGUAUGACAGCAAAACUUAGAAGAUGGGAGAAGAAAAUCAGAAACAUUUUAGCACCCUUGUAUUGAGUGGGAGGAGGAUAGAGAUACUAAUUAGACUUUGUCAAUGAUUAUUUUUUAAAUAUAGGGGUAAAACUAUAGUAUGUACAAUUUUCAAACCAACAGGUGGAGAAAAACACAGUAAGAAAAAUAGAAUAUAGGAAAAGAGAGAAUAAAAGAUACAUAAAAGAAGAUACAAAAGCAUAAGUUAACAUAAAGAAUAAAUCCAAAUAUUUCAGUAAUCACAAUACAUGAAAGUAGUAUUUUCAAAUUGAAAAACUAAUACAAAAUGUGGCCACAUGUUAUUAGAGAAACAUCUAAAACAGUGUCACUGAAAGAUUGCAAGUAAAGAGAAAGAAAAAAAUCAGAAUUCUGACCCUUAUAAUCUUUAUGCAUCUAACAACAUAACCUAAAUUUACAUGGCAAAAAAAGGCACAAAUACCACACCUUCAAGGACCAGAUAACCUCUAUCUUAUAUAGGUAUUCUAAUAUUUGUAGAGGAAAAACUCCCCAAGUUCUUUUAUGAGGCUAAUGUAAAUCUUAAUUUCAAAAUUAAAUAUGUAUUAUGAAAAGGAAGAGAUCACUGUUACAUAUGAACGUAGAUACAAAAAUUUCCUAAAAAUGUUAGAUAUUGAGUUUUAAAAAGUCAUUUUCUAAUACCUGAGGUUUGCUUUAAAAGUUUCUGCUCUGUUAAAUGAGUAUGAUAGUAAUACCAACUUGGAAACAUGUAAUAUAGGCAAUCCGCCGGGGCUAGCCCAGCCUAGAUCAGCCAUCUCUGAGUGUCCCACAGACUCAUGUGAUAAAUAAAUGCCUGUUGUUUUAUAUACUGAGAUUUUCAGUUGUUUGUUUUGUAAUAACAAGCUAAUACAUCUGGCAAAGUUAAAAUUUAGAUGUUGCCUGGCUUCCCUGGUGGCACAGUGGAUGAGAGUCUGCCUGCUGAUAAAGGGGACACGGGUUCGUGCCCCGAUCCGGGAAGAUCCCGCAUGCCGCGGAGCGGCUGGGCCCGUGAGCCAUGGCCCCUGAGCCUGCGCGUCCGGAGCCUGUGCUCCGCAACGGGAGAGGCCACAGCAGUGAGAGGCCUGCGUACUGCAAAAAAAAAAAAAAAAAUUUAGAUGUUGCCAACUCUGUGGAGGAAACAUGGGAAAUUUCCAUUGCUUUUUAAAAAAUAUUUAUUUUAUUUGCUUCUUGGCUGCAUUGGGUCUUAAUUGCGGCACAUUGGAUCUUCAUUGAGGCAUUCGGGAUCUUUUGUUGUGGCACACGGUCUCUUCAUUUUGGCGCUGGGGUUUCUCUCUAGUUGUGGCGUGCGGGUUUUCUCUCUCUAGUUGUGGUGCGCAGGCUCCAGGGCGCGUGGGAUCUGUAGUUUGUGGCAUGUGGGUUCUCUAGUUGUUGGGCGCGAGCUCAGUAGUUGUGGCGCGUGGGCUUAGUUGCCCGUCAGCAUGUGGGAUCUUAGUUCCCUGACCGGGGAUUGAACCCGUGUCCCCUGCGUUGGAAGGUGGAUUCUCUACCACUGGACCACCAGGGAAGUCCCAAAUCUCCAUUGCUUUUGAUGGGAAAGUGAAUUAAUACAAUUACUUUGGAGAAAAGUUUAGUGAUACCUAAUUGCAAAUUUGAAGAUACCCACAUCCUAUUGUCAGGAAUCAGUAAACACACAAGUAGGUAAAGAGUCAUUUAAAGGAUAUUCAUUGGCGGGAGGAGCAGCAGCGGCCAGGCAGCCCAGCUUCGCGAAGGCUCUUGGCGUGCCGCGGCCCAUAGGUACCCGGCAGGCGCCAGCCCCGCCGCCACGAUGCCCAAGAGGAAGGUCAGCUCCAAGGAGGGGGCAGCGAAGGAGGAGCCCAAGAGGAGAUGGGUGAGGUUGUCAGCUACACCGACUCCUGCAAAAGUGGAAACGAAGCCAAAAAAGGCGGCAGGAAAGGAUAAAUCUUCAGACAAAAAAGUGCAGAUAAAAGGGAAAAGGGGAGCAAAGGGAAAACAGGCUGAAGUGGCCAACCAAGAGACUAAAGAAGACUUACCUGCAGAAAAUGGAGAAACUAAAAACCAGGAGAGCCCAGCCUCUGAUGAAGCAGGAGAGAAAGAAGCCAAGUCUGAUUAAUACCACGCACCUGGUCCUAUCAGUGGUCCCUGUCUCCCUUCUUGUACAAUCCAGAGGAAUAUUUUUGUCAACUAUUUUGUAAAUGCAAGUUUUUUAGUAGUUCUAGAAACAUUUUUAAAAAGGAGGGAAUCCCACCUCAUCCCAUUUUUUAAGUGUAAAUGCUUUUUUUUAAGAGGUGAUAUCACUUGCUGGUUGUUUAUGUUUUGGUACAACCAGAAAAUAGUGGGAUAUUGAAUAUGGGAGGCUUUGAUUGUCUUGGGUGUGAGCUUAACAUUCCACAGAUGGUGGGGUAGCUUUUAUAUCCUAUAAUACAAAGCAUAGUCAGUUGUGCAUUUAAUGUCUUAAACACUUUAAAUUACUACUCUUCCCACGUUGUUUUUGGUAGAAUUGUUUCCUAAAGCAAACCACUCACCCCUUGACCUUGGCUCUCCUGGGCAGAAUUUUGUGCACUCUGUUAACAUCUUUGGUCGUGGUAGUCCAGUUCUUCUAGUAACUGUUAAUGCGCUGUGAACGAUUGACAAUUUGAGUAUGUAGUGUAUAUGAUAUUAAAUUGCGAAUUAGUGGCACUUACGAUGUAACAGCAUAUCAAUAUUUGAAGAUAUUGGUACUUGAUAUCCUGUGAAGGAAAAUUUGCCUCCAAAUUUUAAGCUGGAAAGUCACUGGAAUAACUGUUGAGAAAAGAAUCACAACUACAUGAUUUUUUAGAUUUUUGGUACGUAUGUUGAGAAUUGUGUACAAAUUGAAAUGUCUGUGUACUGAUCCUCAAAGCAACCAAUAAAAUCUCAAUUAUGAAAGAAAAAAAAGAUAUUCAUUGCAGCAUUCUAAUAGUGAAAACUUGGAAACAACCUAAAUGUCCAUCAACAAGGGGAAUGAAUAGAUAAAUGAAUUACACAUUAUAGUCAUUUAAUGUAUAGUGAAUAGUGCCCUCCCAAAAAGGGCACUAUUCAUGUCUACCCAGAACUUCAGGAUAUGAUCUUAUUCAGGAAUCGGGUCUUAGUUAAUAUGAGGUCGUACUGGAUUAAGACAGGCCCUGAAUCCAGUAACUGCUGUCCUUAUAAAAGGUGAAGAUACACAGAAACACACAGGAGAGAUUGGAGUGAUCCAGGUACGAGCCAAGGAACACAGAGAUUACUGGCAACCACCAGAAGCUGGAGAGAGGUGUGGAACAGAUUCUCCCACAGAGCCUCCAGAAAGAACCAACCUUACCAACACCUUGACUUUGGACUGCUAGCCUCCUGAACUAUGAGGGAAUGAAUGUUUAAGCCACCCAGUUUGUAGUGUAAUGUUUUAUGGCAGCCCUAGGAACGAAUACUACAUAGCAGUUUAAACAAAUGAACUAGAACUGUAUGUAUCAAUAUGGGUAAAUCUUGAAAACUUAGUGUCAAAUGGGAAAAAGCAUAUCUCAUUACAAUUUAUGUAAACCCAAGGCAGACGGUGGGGGAGGGAGGAGACUGUGACCUCCAGUAAGCAAGUGGUACUGACUGGACAAAGUGGCUUUGAGCUUCAUUUUAAAGAUGAAUGAAGUACACUGAAAACUACAAAUCAUUGGUGAAAGAAUCUAAAGAAAAAUAAAUUGAGAGGCAUCUUGUGUUCAUGGAUUGGAAGACUUGCUACUGUUAGACGUGAAUACUACUCAAAGCAAUCUACAGGUUCAGUGCAUCCCCAUCAGAAUGGAAUCUCAAGGGACUCCAAAUAGCCAAAACAAUCUCGAAACUAAGAACUAAAUUGGAGGACUCAUAUUUCCUGAUUUCAAAACUUACUACAAAACUAUAGUAAUCAAAACAGUGUGGGACUGCCAUAAAGACAGACAUAUAUAUCAAUGGAAUAGAAUAGAGUAAAAAAAUAUCCCUCGCAUAUAUGUCAAAUGAUUUUCAACAAGAGUGCCAGGACUGUCCAAUGGAGAAAGGACAGUCUUUCCACAAAUGGUGUUGGGAAAACUGGAUCUCCAUACUGAAAAGAAUGAAGUUGGACCCUUGUUUUACACUGUUUAGAAAAACCAACUCAAAAUGGAUCAAAGACAUAAAUGCAAGAGCUAAAACUAUGAAACUCUUAGAGGAAAACAUGGGGAAAGCUUCAUGGUAUUGAAUUUGGCAAGAUUUCUUGGAUGUGACACCAAAAGCACAACAACAAAAGAAAAUAUAGAUAAAUUGGACUUAUCAAAAUUAGAAACUUCUGUACAUCAAAGGACACUAUCAAGAGUGAAGAUGGAACAGAAUGGGAGAAAAUAUUUGCAAAUCAUAUAUCUGAUAAGAGAUUAAUACACAGAAUAUAUAAAGGACUCCUAAAACUCAGCAACAAAAAACAGCCCAAUUCAAAGAUGGGCAGAGGAGAUAUACUGAUGGCCACUAAGCAUGUGAAACGAUGCUCAACAUCAUUAAUCAUUAGGGAAAUGCAAAUCAAAAUCACAGUGAGAUACCACUCACACCCUGUAACCAUGGCCGUAUGAAAAAGAGGGGAAAAGGAAAAUAACAAAUGUUGGCAAGGAUAUGGAGAAAAUGAAAUCCUCAUAAAUUACUGGAAAGUAUGUAAAAUGGUUCAGCUGCUGUGCAAAACAGGUUGGUGUGUCCUCAAAAUUUUAGCAUAGAGUUACGGUAUGAUCCAGCCCUUCCAUUCAUAGGUAUAUACUCAAGGGAGUUGAAAACAAGAGCUCAAAUAUAUACAUGCACAUGCAUGUUCAUAGCAGCACCAUUCACAAUAGCCAAAAGGUGGAAACAGCCCAAAUGUCCAUCAGUUAAUGGAUAAACAAAUGUGGUCUAAAGGUACAAUGGAAUAUUACUCAGCCAUAAAAAGGACUGACACAUGUCACAAUGUGGAUGAACACUGAAACAUUAUAAGUAAAUAAGCCAGAAACUAAAGGUCACAUAUUGUAUGAUUCCAUUUAUAUAAAAUAUCCAAAGUAAGCAAAUCCAUAGGGACAUAACGUAUGUUAUGUAUAUUUUACCACAAUAAAAACCAUGAGUAAGGGCAGGUUUGUGACACUCCUGGGAGCUGGGUGGGAAGCGGAAGCUGGAGGGGAGCAGCAUGGUGGCCCAGGCUGGUAGGAAGCAGACAGCAGACUUCCCUCACCCUCACCUCCCUCUGGAGGGCUGUUUGGAAAUUCAGUAACCCACGGCUAACAUUUAUUAAAUAUUAUUGGCCUUAAUAUAUGUCCUUAACUUACAGCCUCACUUCAAAUGAUGGUAACUUUAUCUGAUUUACCAUCGUGUGGUGCCAGAUCUUUCCCGAAAGAUUUGAAUAAUCUCUUACUCAGGUAGUGUUACGGACCUAUAAUGUCUGUGGAACUGGAACACUUAGCUGCACCGAGCAGUGAGAAGAAAGCCUCCGAAGCCCUUGUCCAGCUGUUGCUCCUCCCAUUCUCUUCUCCCCAGCCUAGUUUUUGGUGUAAGGCUGUACCAACGGCUCUUAGUAUUACUGUCUUUUGAACGGAAGCUUGACUCUUCCCUCCCUUAGCAAAGCGAGUCUAGUCUGCUUGGUUACGUGCAAGAACUGUUGAGUGCCAAAUUCCAGCCACUGUCAAAAUGGCCGGAAUCUUUAUUUCCGACAUUCACUCAGCUAGUCAGUCAGCCAUUCAUUCAACAUAAUUAUUAUAAGCCUGCUAUGUGUCAGGCACAGUGGUAGGUAUGCUCAGGUAAUCAAGGAGUUUUCCAUACCUUUUCAUUUGCUGGUACAUUUAUUAUGUCUAAUUUUUAUUCUCAAGUAUGGAAACACAUGAAGGAAGGACAGAGUACUUGAUGUAUUAUUAUUGUUCAAACUAAAAAUACUAUUGACUGGUAUUGUCUAUAUGUAAGUGGAAAGCAUAUCAGAAGCCAUAAAUUUUUAAGACUGAAUAAGGAAUGAAGAAAAUAUGACAGUUGAAUAGCUUUCUCUUGAGAGUAAGGAAAAUACACAUCAGUGAGAGAAAAAUCACAACUGUUAAGAAAAAAUGGGAAAAGAAUCUAAAAAGAAUAUAUAUGUACAUACGUGCAUAUAUAUGUAUGUGUAUAUAUAUAACUGAAUCACUGUGCUCUGUACCUGAAACUAACACAACAUUGUAGAUCAAUGAUACUUCAAUAAAAAAUUCUAAUUAAAACUACCCCAUCUAAAAGUGCACUUAAAUAUAUGGUGGCACACGUAUGGGUAUGAAGGUAUCAUUUAUGACUUGAUCCUGGUGUGAGAUUGGCUUUUAUACUUUUCACAUCCAUUUCCCUUAUCCUGGGAACCACCUUACAGACAUAUACCACUGGUCAUAAGGAAAUCUGGAUAAAACACGAAAAUUUAAAGCCUUCACAAAGAAGCAGCUCUUCAGUGCACACUUCAUCUAAGUUCUUAUUUUCACUUAAAAAGCUCUAAUAGGUUUGUUUGUGGUUUUCUAGAUGUCAGUUCAAGUCUCCUUGAAUUUGCAGAGAUGAGUAAAGACCUAAAUAACACAUAUUUUUAAAACUUACUAUGAUUUUAUAAACUAUUCCUAUUUUUCCUAGCUGUAUUCUUGUCUGUAUCCCUCUUCUGCAAAUUACGUAGGCCUUCCCUUGUUAGUGGUUAAUACUCGAGACUAUUCUAUGGUAUUCUUUCAGUCAAUUUAACAAGUGUUUUCUGAGUACUUAGUAUGUGUCUAGUGUCAACCAAAAAAUAAUGCAGGAGGCUGCAAAUAAGAAAAGUGUUUAUUUGGGGUCUUAAGGAUCACAAAUCAAGAGACACAGAUUCUGGUAACUCUGAAAGAAUGUUCCGAGGAAAAGAGUCAGGGGCUUAUUAAAACAAAAAGCCAGAGGGUGUUGAAAGUUGCCUGGUGAGAAUUAUGAUUGACUCUGACCUGAGUCAGACAGUAUUUGUCCUUAAGAGAUCACAAGUUUGUUUUUAUUUAUUUUUUUAUAUUAUUUUAUUUUUUUGGCUGCGUUGUUGGGUCUUCAUUGCUGCGCCCGGGCUUUCUCUAGUUGCGGCAAGCAGGGGCUACUCUUACUUGCAGUGCAUGGGCUUGUCAUUGCGGUGGCUUCUCUUGUUGCAGAGCAUGGGCUCUAGGAGUGUGAGCUUCAGUAGUUGUGGCACGAGGGCUCAGUAGUUGUGGUGCAUGGGCUUAGUUGCUCUGCAGCAUGUGGGAUCUUCCUGGACCAGGGAUCGAACCCGGGUCCCCUGCAUUGACAGGCAGAUUCUUAACCACUGCACCACCAGGGAAGUCCCGGGAUCACAAGUUGUUUUAGGGUAGGGGUCUGAUAAGUAGAUAGACUGUCACAAGUUAUUUUAGGGUAAGGGUCCUAUAAGUAUCUUGAGUUUCUGGCAGGUGUUCCGGAUGACUUCAUCAGGUCCAAAGGUCAGAUUCCAUCCAGGCUGAGACUUGCAUAAGUCAUACUUCCUUAAUGGCCUCCCAGCUCCAUUUAAGAGAGCUAUCUGAGCCAUACUGACUCUAUUUUUAUUUUCCUUUCACACUAGGACUUUGCUAUCAGAUGACAUAAAACUGGAAAGGAAAUUAUGACAUUUAUACUAAUUAAAAGAAUUUGCAAGUACUGUCCUGACUGUGAUGCUGUCUAAAAUUAUGAUCCUACCUUAAUUUUGCAGAAAUAUUUAAAAGGUAUCCCACUUUCAGCAGUUUGGCUAAAUAUGCUUUUAUGAUAUUGCAUGAUACAAUAUAUAUGCUCACUGUCAGCGAUAACUUAACACUUUUAUUUGUAAUUUUAAAAACUCAGAAUGGAUUACUGGGCUAAAAUUGGGAAACCUGAGAUCUUAUCCCAACUCCAUCGCUGAUUGCCCAGUGAACCUGAAGAAGCCUUUUCGGCUUCUGUAGGCUUCAGUUUCUUCUAUCUUAAAAAGAGGGUGUUGGGCUAGGUUGUCUCUGUGACCCCUUGUAAUUCUAAAAUAUUAUUAAAUAUUACAGCAUAUAGAUAAACCAUUGAAAUGAGGCUGUUUUAAGGGAAUGUAACUACUAAAAGUGUUACCCUUUAAGAAAGCUAGUUAGAUUUCAGUGUAUAUACAUGAUUCCAGUUACUAAACUAAGAAUCAGGUGUCAUUCUGUUGAAUAAUAUGACCUUUGACAAAUACUGGAUGCAUUAUAGUUGAACAACAUGGAAAGAGUACUACAAAUUUCCAGCUUCCCCCGUACUAUUUACCAAUACAUCCUUUUAUCAUACGUCCUGAUUUUUUAAAAAUCCCUUCGGUUUCUUUUGUUUCAGUUAUUUUUUCUCAAAUAGGAUAAUGCAGAAAAAUUUCUGCCUGUAGACAGAACAGUUGGUCCUUGAGGUCACAUUUAAUGUUAAUAGCUAUAAAUCUAUAAAUUAAAAUGUCCCUUAAGACAUGAAAAUGUCUCUGGUGGAAUUCUAACUUUACUAAGCAAGAGAUCUACAUUUUGAGUAUCACCAAUCCUAGAGAAAUACGUAAUUAUUGUCAUUUUCCACUCAUGUAUGCGUUAUCCACUUCUAAUAAUACAUAUAGAAUUUAUUGUCCUACCUCCAAAGGGGCCUGGUAUGCUUCGCCUCUAUUUUUCCUUUGGGUUUUUCAACUUUUUCCCAAAAUACUCACUCAGUAAUUAUUCACUGACUUAAUAAUGUGCUCCAGGCAUUGAGAAUAUAUGCAGGAAAGGCAUAGUCCCUAAGCCUUAGGAGAUUAUAAUCCAUACAAAGAAACAGUUAUAUAAAGAGGCCAUCACAAUAUAAUGCAAUAAUUUUUAUAAAAGUGUAUAUAGUUAUGGAGGAAGCAUAGCAGAGGGAGUACUUCAGUGUCUUGGGAGUUAGAAAGGCUUCACAGAGGAAACUUAUUCUUAAUGUAGGAGUAGUUAUUAGAUAGAAAAUGCAGAAUAGUGUAUUCUAAGCAUAGGGAAAAUAUUCAAAAAGGCACAGUGAUAUGAAACAUCCUCCAUGUUCAGCCAGUAGUUUCAGAUGUCUGAAGCAUUAGGAUAGGAGGCAGAGAUUAAGAUGAAAUAAAAGUGGAGAGGUAGGCAGGGGCCAGAUACCCAGUCUUUAAAUGCCUUGCAUAGGAACUUGGAUUUCUUCCUAAAGGAAAUGAGAAAAAUUGGUGGAUUUUUAACAGUGGAUCAAAUCUGGGAUGUCAAGGAGCUUACUGCCUAUGUUGUCUUCCAGGAGUUUUAUGGUUUCAGGUCUUACAUUCAAGUCUUUAAUCUGUUUUGGGUUAAGUUUUAUGUAUGGUGUAAGAUAGUGGUCCACUUUCAUUCUUUUGCGUAUGCCUGUCCAGUUUUCUCAGCACCAUUUAUUGAAGAGACUGUCCUUUCCCCAUUGUAUAUUCUUGGCUCCUUUGUCAUAAAUCAAUUGACCGUAUAUGAAUGAGUUUAUUUCUGUGAUCUCUAUUCUCUUCCAUUGAUCAUAUAAUCUGACUUUAUGCCAGUAUCAUACUGUUUGGUGGUGGUGGGGUGGCCAUUUAUUUUUUAUUUUUCAUACAAUUUUUCAUUCGUUUUUUCCAUUUACGGUUACUACACAAUAUUGGCUGGGUUCCUUACGUUGUGCAGUACAUCCUCGAGCCUGUCUUGCCCCCAGGAGUGUGUGCCUCCCUCUCCCCCACCGUUUUAUUGCCGCCCGCCCACUCCCCCACUGGUAACCACUAGUUUAUUCUCCAUAUCUGCGAGUCUGCUUCUUUUUUGUUUUAUUCACUAGUUUGGUGUGUCUUUUAGAUUCCACAUAUAAGUGAUAUCAUAUAGUAUUUGUCUUUGACUUAGUUCAUUUAGCAUAAUAUCCUUCAAAUCCAUCCAUGUUGCUGCAAAUGGCAAAAUUUCAUUCUUUUUUUAUAGCUGAGUAGCAUUUCAUGGUAUAGAUAUACCACAUCUUUAUUCAUCUGUUGACGGGCACUUAGUUUGUUUCCAUAUCUUGGCAAUUGUAAAUAAUGCUGCUCUGAACAUUGAGGUGCAUGUAGCUUUCGAAUUAGUGUUUUUGUCUUUUUCAGAUGUGUACCCAGGAGUGGAAUUGCUGGGUCAUAUGGUAGUUCUAUUUUUAAUUUUUUGAAAACCCCCCAUACUGCUUUCCACAGUGGCUGCAUCAGUUUACAUUCCCACCAGCACUGUAUGUGGGUUCCCUUUUCUCCACACACUCACCAACAUUUGUUAUUUGUGUUCUUUUUGAUGAUAGCCAUUCUGACAGGUGUUAGGUGAUAUCUCAUUGUGGUUUUCAUUUGCAUUUCCCUGAUGAUUAGUUAUGUUGAUCAUCUUUUCAUAUGCCUCUUGGCCUGCAUAUGAAAAAUCUGCAUUUCCUCUGGAAAAAUGUCUGUUCAGUUCUUCUGCCCCAUUUUUUAAUCGGGUUUUUUUUUGUUUGUUUUUGGUUUUGUUUUUGCGGUACACGGGCCUCUCACUGCUGUGGCCUCUCCCGUUGCGGAGCACAGGCUCCGGACGUGCAGGCUCAGCGGCCAUGGCUCACGAGCUCAGCCGCUCCGCAGCAUGUGGGAUCCUCCCGGACCGGGGCACGAACCCAUGUCCCCUGCAUCGGCAGGCAGACUCUUAACCACUGUGCCA